UCCUUCUCCUGCUGUGUGUGGCGAGAAAACGAUUGUUUUUAUAUCGGUCUGCCUAAAACCGCAAAUCGACCUAGCGCAGACAAUUAAAUGUCGACUAAUUCUACCGUUCUGAAAAUGUGAUGGAUUAUAACGGUUUGCUCCCGGAAGAGCAGGUUCAAAUGCAUAAUCGAGGUAGAUAAGAGUCGCGGAUAAACAAGGGGUAGGGGUAGCACGCGAGCGGAGAGCACUUGCAGAAGACAAAGGUAACUGUGCUGCGAACUAUGUGAUGAAUUAACAGUCCAGAAGAGCAGCUGGGAGUGUGGAGGCACAGUUUGGGGAAAAAUAACUAGAGAGAUUGGCUUUUAAAAUACGAUCAGAGCGACAUGCUUUCUCUGUUUCUCUCAGUGGAAUCCACAAAUGAACUCUCGGCGGUCGGAAAGCAUAAAAACCCUAAUAUGACGAUGCCCUGAAAUGGUAAUGACAGUCAGUCGUUAGGAGAAGCUAAACCUUAAUGCUAGAGAUAUAUAUGCUAUUCGUUGAUAGAAGCAGAAAACUUAACACAAAGGAGAUUCGUUUCAAAACACAGGAAACGGUGAUGGUUUGACAGGCUAUAUCUUAGAUGUUUGAAGGGGCAUGCAUUUGAUUCCUUGCGCUUCAAGUCAGACAUCGACCUCAAGCCACGAACGCUGGCACUGAACUCUACAACGAAACGCACAAACCACUGUAGAGAUUGAGUACCUUUUCCCACAUUUGUCUCAUGCUAAGUGUGUAUACUUGAAGACUUCACAUGUUGAUGGAAGAGACUGACAUAGAUCUAACGACGCUAUAGUUUCAACGAAAGCACUCAACGGAUUGGCUGUCCAUUCACUUCAGCACCUCAGCACAGAGCGUUCUACUAGGCUUCCUUCAACACCUCAGCACAGACCAUUCUACUAGGCUUCCUUCAGCACCUCAGCACAGAGCGUUCUACUAGGCUUCCUUCAGCACCUCAGCACAGAGCAUUCUACUAGGCUUCCUUCAGCACCUCAGCACAGAGAGUUCUACUAGGCUUCCCUCAGCACAGAGCGUGCUACUAGGCUUCCUUCAGCACUACGGACAGUUACCAAAAUGACACGGCUGCGCAAGAAAGCUUUCAUUGCACUUUUCUUAUUCACCCUCUUCAUCUUCGGGACCAUGAUGGGCCUCAGGACACUGAAACCCAGCGAUGGCUUCUCAGACCUGGCCCCGGGAAUGGGAGAGUUUGUGGGGGAAAGAGGAGGCGACCGGCGACGGCCAGUUUCGAACGACAUGGUAGUUUCCCCUGGUCAGCCCCAUCUAGCCAGCGACACCAAAGUCGUCUUCACAAAAUCCGACCGUGACUACAGUAUAUUCUACGAUGUACAAAUCUUCUAUUACCUAUGGUACGGCAACCCACAGAUGGACGGUAAAUAUAUUCACUGGGACCAUGUUCUAGUACCGCACUGGGACCCUAAGAUUGCCGCCAGCCACGCCAAAGGAAGACACACUCCUCCGGAGGACAUAGCGUCGAGUUUCUACCCGGAGCUAGGACCAUACAGUUCCAGAGACCCCACCGUGCUGGAGUCACACAUGUCGCAGAUUGAAGCGGCUGCAGCAGGGGUACUGGUUCUGUCUUGGUACCCGCCUGGCAUUGCAGACAACCAUGGUGAGCCAUGUGAAGACCUGGUGCCUGCUGUCAUGGACGCUGCCCACAGACACAGCAUCAAGGUGGCGUUCCACAUCCAGCCGUACAAGGGACGGACUGACCUCAGCAUGUACGAUAACAUCAAAUACAUCAUUGACAAGUAUGGGAACCAUGGCGCCUUCUACCGCUUCAGGUCGACCACGGGGCGGAUCCUUCCUCUGUUCUAUGUCUACGACUCCUACCUGACCCCGCCUGAGGCCUGGGCCGACCUGCUACACCCCGCCGGCGCCCACACCCUCCGCGGCACGCCCUACGACGGCGUCUUCCUCGCCCUGGUCGUAGAGGAACGCCACAAACACGACAUCCUGGCCGGUGGCUUCGACGGCAUGUAUACAUACUUCGCCUCCAACGGCUUCUCCUUCGGCUCCUCUCACCAGAACUGGAAGGCGGUCAAGGACUUCUGUGACGGUAAUAACCUGCUGUUUGUGCCCAGCGCCGGGCCGGGAUACGUCGACACCGCAGUGAGGCCAUGGAACAACCACAACACGAGGAACAGGGUCAACGGACGCUAUUAUGAGACCAGCCUACAGGCUGCGCUGUCGGUGCGGCCGGAGAUCGUGACCAUCACGUCGUUCAACGAGUGGCACGAGGGGACACAGAUUGAGAAGGCGGUGCCCAGGAAGACGGUGACGCGGCUGUAUCUGGACUACCAGCCCCACCGGUCAGAUCUAUACCUGGAACUCACCAGGAAGUGGGCCGAACACUUCAACAAGGAGAAAGACAAGUGGCUCAUGUAGAGGACAGGAGUCCUGACUGGACUGGGUCGAUGGGAAUAAUACCUUUUGGGUGUGACUGGAGCGAGUAAAACUGAGGAACUUUUCACAUUACUGAGCUGAGGCGAACCGAGCCAAACCAAGCUGUACUGAGCUGUCCUGGUUAGUGGUUACUAUCCACCAUAGUCGCUGGAACCUGCUGAAACAUUUUUUUUUUAAUGAAAAAAAAAUAGCACAGCCAACACAGUUUGGUUCAGCAUGGUAGUGAUAAAAGGGUUUGGAGUGGCCUCAUUGCUGGGUAUUUUGGGUCCUUGUGAAUAUAAACCAUAUUUAUUUUGACAGUGAAGCAAAAAAAUUGUCAAUUUGGCCCCAUACUCCAUUUUGGAUUUGAGAUUUGUUUUUAAUAUGAGGCGAGAGUACAGCAUGUCACCUUUUAUUUGAGGGUAUUUUCAUACAUAUCUGUUUUACCAUUUAGAAAUGAAAACCUUAAUGUAUCUAGUCCCCUCCCCAUUCAAAUGUUUUUUUCCCUCUCAUAAGUAUUUGGACAAAUGAACUUAUAGCAUAUUAAAGCAAUGACUACGUCAAGCUUGUGACUCUAUAAACUUGUUGGAUGCAUUUGCAGUUUGUUUUGGUUGUGUUACAGAUUAUGUGUUACAGAUUUUGCCCAAUAGAACUGAAUGGUGAAUAAUGUACUGGAGUCACUUUUAUUGUAAAUAAGAAUAGAUGUUUUUGAACACUUCUACAUUAAUGUGGAUGCUGCCAUGAUUAUGGAUAGUAAUAUAUCCUGAAUAAUGAUGAGUGAGAAAGUUACAGAGGAACAAAGAUCAUACCCACCCCAAAAAUGCUAACCUCCCCUGUUAUUGGUAAUGGUGAGAGCUUAGCAUAUAUAUAUUUUUGGGGGGUAUACACUUUUGACUACUUUAAUACACUAUAAGUGAAUUUGUCCAAAUACUUAAAAUAAUUAUUUUUUUAUUCAAAUGGGGGGACUACAUACAGAAGUGUUUUAUGUCUAAACUGUAAAACAGAUACGUACGAAAACGCCCUCAAAUAAAAGGUGACAUUCCGUAGUCGCCUCACAUGAAACAUUUGAUCUCAAUUCUAAAAUGCUGGAGUAUAGAGCCAAAUGUACACAUUUUAUCUUCACUGUCCAAAUAAAUACAAGUAGCGUAUGCUUUUCAGUGGAGCAAAUGGGACUGAGACUGCUCACACCAUUGACUUAGCAACAAAUCCACCUGGCCUAUCAGAGGGGCAAGAUGAAGGUUGCUUACACCAAUCCAAUCCUCUCAGAUCUGCAAAAGCAUCUAGGGGGAGGGGGCUAGGGGUUGGUUUGGGAUUCAGGGGUACACUCAUGAUUGAACCUGUCUGUUUUCGUCAACUCUUCUGUUCUUCUCUCAAAUUAACUUUUCCAUUUAUGUGAAUUUCAUCCCGAUGCCUGUUUUUUAAAUUUUUAAAUUUUACAUCUGAAUACACAACACAAAUACUUUUGUACAAAGUUUCAUUGGUUGGUUUAAGUCAACUUGUGUUAGUGCCAAGAAAUAGCCUGUUUUGAGUGACUUAAGUCUAUUCCUUUCAGAUGAGUUCUGUUGUGAUGAUCGCCACAGUAAUGAUAUAGCCACUGGGGUUUGUGUAGUGUGGGUGAGCUUGGAGACAUUCUGACAUUGAGGACUUAUUCUUUCCUGUAAUACUUUUAAAUGGUGAAAAAUAAACGUAUUGUCUGGUUACUA